AUGAGGGCGUGUGAACUUGGUCAUACAGAAAUAGCAAAGAUGUUGUUAAACAGAGGAGCAGACUAUAAUAAAUAUGAUGAUUAUUGUCGGUCACUUGUAAUGAAAGCUUGUGAAAAUGGUCAUACAAAAAUAGUGCAAAUGUUGUUAGACAGUGGGGCAGACAGUGAAAGAUGCAAUUUUUAUGGCGAGUCAUCCUUAAUGACAGCUUGCAAACAUGGUCAUACAGAAAUAGUGAAGAUAAUGUUGGAUAAAAGAGCAGACUAUACUAAGUGUGAUAAUGAUGGCGAGUCACCUGUAAUGACGGCUUGUGAACAUAGUCAUACAGAAAUAGUUAAGAUGCUAUUGGACAGAGGAGCAGACUUUAAUAAAUGUGAUGAUGAUAAUAAUUCACCUAUAAAGAAGGCUUUUGAACAUGGUCAUACCGAAAUAGUAAAGAUGUUGUUAGACAGAGGAGCAGACUAUAAUAAAUGUAACAGUUCGAAAGAGCCAACUUUAAUGAAGGCUUGUGAACAUGGUUAUACAGAAGUAGCCAAAAUGUUGUUAGACAAAGGAGCAGACUAUGAUAAAUGUGACAGGUUGGGUCAAUCACCUUUAAUGAUAGCAUAUGAACAGGGUCAUACAGAAAUAGUAAUGAUGUUAUUGGACAGAGGAGCAGACCAUAAUAUAUGGGACGAUGAUGGUGAGUCACUCUUACUUAAGGCAUGUGAACAUGGCCAAACAGAAAUAGUUAUGAUGUUGUUAGACAGAGGAGCAGACUGUAAUGAAUGUGACAUGUGGGCUGAGUCACCUAUGAUGAAGGCCUGUGAACAUGGUUAUUCAGAAAUAGUAAAGAUAUUGUUAGACAAGGGAGCAGACUGCAAUAAAUGUGACAGGUGCGGUAAAUCACCUUUAAUGGUGGCUUGUGAAAAUGAUUAUUCAGAAAUAGUAAUGUUGCUAUUAGACAGAGGAGCAGACUAUGAUGACUGUGAUGAUUGGAAUGAGUCGCCGUUAACGAUAGCUUGUGAACAGGGACAUAUAGAAAUAGUAAAGUUGUUGUUAGACAGAGGCACAGAUUAUAAUAAAUGCGAGAAGAUAAGUCAAUCACAUAUAUUGCAGGCAUGUGAUAAUGGUCAUGCAGAAGUAGUAUCAAUGUUAUUUGACAGAUGUGCAGACCAGAAUUUAUUUGAUGAUGUGGAUGUUCCUGAUUCCCGGAAAUUUGACAUUACCUUAAUAAUAACACUCCUUAGAAACCUAACGACCAUAAAUCCUCCUCAUGGGGGAUUUGACAGUUUACCCUCUGCCAUAGAAACCACACCUGGUGCAGAUUUAGCCAGAAUCAAAUACUAUAGAAACUACAUAGCUCAUCUUAAUGAUGGAAAAGUUGGAACUGCAGACUUCAACACUGCAUGGGACAAUAUAUCUGGGGCCUGUAAGAGAUUAGGAGGACAGCAAAUGAAACAGGAGUGUGACCAUUUGAAAAUAAAGCCUUUCGAUCGGAACAACCAAGAAAUAAUGAUGGACAUCAAACAUUCUGGUGACGAAAUCAGAGAGCUGAAAGAAUCUUUUAAAAGUCUGAAGCAGUCCCAUGAUGAAAUCAAGGGAUCUUAUGAAUUGUUAAAGGAAGACCAUGUAGAUGUAACAACUAAUAUGAAAAUAAUGAAAGAUACUGUACCAUGGAAUAUAAGAGCAAGAAUAAAAGACACACUAAAAGAAUGGAAAACCAACGAUGAUGAAAUGUUUAUAAAGACACGAGCUGCCCAACAUGUACUCAAAUGCAUUAAAGAAAACAGUACUGUGACGAUAACAGCUAGUUCUGGUGUUGGAAAAACUUCUAUUCUCCGACACGUAGCUUUACAAAUGGCACAACUAGAGUAUGAUAUUAUUCCGGUGACAGAUCCAGGUGACAUUGUGAAGUUUAACAAUCCAAAUAAGAAAAUAUUGUUUGUUGUUGAUGAUUUAUGUGGAAACUUUUCUGUCGACCAGAGUGAUAUCAGAAGUUGGGAACCAUUAAAAGAAGAUUUAAAUAAAAUUCUCCUAAAUCAAGAAACAAAACUUAUUGCAGCAUGUAGGUUACAAGUAUUCAAAGAUGAAAAAUUUCAAUUUUUAUCAGUUUUUCAAUCAUGUGUAUGUAACUUGUUAUCAAAAAAAAUUCGUUUGUCAAAAACUGACAAACAAGCAAUAGCAGAGCUAUAUUUGAAAGCAAAAGCUCCAGAGAUUACUGACUAUUAUCAUCUAUAUGAUUGUUUCCCUCUUUUAUGUAAACUGUAUCACAAUAAUCCAAAACUUAAUGUCAAAGAUUUCUUUCAGAAUCCAUUUUCAGUUUAUGAAGCAGAGAUUGGCAAGCUUCUUAAGAAAGGGCAUCACAUAAAAUACUGUGCCUUGGCUUUAUGUGUUAUGUUUAACAACAAGUUAAAAGAUGAAAUUUUGACAGACGAGGUGAACGAAGAAACCAUGACUGUUAUUGAAAACACAUGUGAGGCAUGUAGAUUAGACAGGGGAACAUCUAGACUUGUCAUACAAGACGAACUUAACUCACUUAAAGAUACAUUUAUAAAAAAAGAGCAGAACAUGUACAAGAUUAUACAUGAUAAAAUAUUUGACUUUCUGGUGUAUUUUUUUGGUAAAGAAAUAACCUAUUGCUUGAUAAAAAAUGCAGCGAGUGGACUGAUCAAAGAAAGAUUUUUAUUAUACAGAAAUGAUGAUAUGCAGCAGUUCAUAACUGUUAUAUCUCCAAAGGAUCAUCUGAUUUUCUUAGAGAGAAUGAUUGAUGAUUGGUCAAAGGGAAAAGUUCAAGAUGUAUUUAAUAACAUUAAUAUGAAGAUGCCUGAAUUUAGAUAUGAGUUUCUGUCAUAUCUGAAUAAACUGGAUAUACCAUAUCAGAAAAAGCUAGCACACUUAUGUAAUAAACAUGAACAUGAUGCUGGUGAUGAUAAUGACAACGACGACGACGAUGACGACGACGAUGAUAAUAAUGAUGAUGAUGAUGAUGAUGAUGAUGAUGAUGAUGAUGAUGAUGAUGAUGAUGAUGAUGAUGAUGAUGAUGAUGAUGAUUACAAUGGCCAUAAUUAUAGGUCAGAUGAGUAUGACGAUGAAGAGGGUAAUGGUGUGAAGGAGGACAAUGAUGAAGUAGAGGAGGAGGAGAACGAAGACGACGAGCAAGAGGACGAAGCGGAAUACAAUGAUGUUGAGCAGGAAGAGAUGGAUGAUGAGGAUAUGGAUGAAGAGGAAGUGGAAGAUGACAACGAGCAAGUCGAAGAGGAGGAUAAUGAUAACGAGCAAAGCGAGGCGGACACGGACAGUGACAAUACCGAGGUUGAGGACGUCGAUGACGACGAAGACGAGGACAAUCAGGAAGAAGAGGACGGUGACUAUGAUACUGCUUUAAUGUAUUCUUGCUCUAUAGGAGAUAUUGAUUUAUUUCUGUGGUGUUGCAAUUUUGGUGUCGAUAUUAACAAAGGUACUUCCGACGGUCAGUAUCCUGUCACGAAGGCAUGUAUAUAUGGUCAUACAGAAAUAAUCAGGGCGUUGUUAGACAGGGGAGUAGACUAUAAUAAAUCUAGCAAAUAUGGUAACCCACCUGUAAUGAUAGCCUGCGUAAAUGGUCAUACAGAAAUAGUAGAGAUAUUGUUAGACAGUGGUGUAAACUAUAAAAAAUGUGACUCACAGUCUCGAUCACUUUUAACAGCAGCUUGUGAAAAUGAUCACACAGAAAUAGUGAUGAUGUUGUUAAACAGAGGAGCAGACUGUAAUAAAUAUGAUAAUUUAGACUCGUCACCUAUAUAUGUAGCCUGUCUAAAAGGUCAUACAAAAACCGUUAAGAUAUUGUUGGACAGAGGGGCAAACUAUAAUGAAUGCGAUUCGAGUGGACGUUCACUUGUAGAUAUGGCUUCUGAAUAUGGUCAUAACGAAAUACUGAACAUGUUGUUAGACAGAGGUGCAGUCUUUACAACAUUUGAUAAUAAUGAUGAAAUAGAGACAUGUGACAUGAAUCAUAAUGACGCAAUAAGUAUUUGGUUAAACAGGGGUCAAAUCUGUUCUAAAUGCCGUACUUAUAAAAAGUCUCCUGUUAUGGAAGUUUGUGAACUUGGUCAUAUAGAAAUAGUAAAGACGUUUUUAGACAGAGGAGUAGACUGUAAUCUCUGUGACAGAUGGGGUCAGACACUUUUAAUGGCUGCUUGUGAACAUGGCCAUACAGAAAUAGUAAAGUUGUUGUUGGACGUAGGAGCAGACUGUAAUAAAUGUGACAGAAAGGGUCGAUCACUUUUAUUUAUGGCUUGUAGACAUGGUUAUACAGAAAUAGUAAAGAUGUCGUUAAACAAAGGAGCAGAAUAUAAUAAUUGUGACAAAGAGAACAAAUCACCUAUAAGUAUGGCUUGUGAAAAUGGUCAUACAGAAAUUGUGAAGAUGUUGUUGGACAUAGGUGCAGAUUAUAGUAAAUGUGACAAUUCUGGAGAGUCACCUGUAAUGAUGGCUUGCCAACAUGGCGAUAAAGAAAUAGUAAACGUGUUGUUAGACAGAGAAGAAAACAUUAAUGCAUGUAGCUCUUAUGGAAACUCACUUCUAAUGAACGCAUGUCAAUUUGGUAAUACAGAAAUAGUAGAGAUUUUGUUAGAAAGAGGGGCAGACUAUAAUAAAUGUAACUCGCAUUAUCUGUCACCUUUGAUGGCGGCUUGUGACAGUGGUUAUACAGAAAUAGUAGAGACAUUGAUAAAGAGAGGAGCAGACUAUAAUACAUGUGAUCGAAAUGAUCAGUCACCUGUCUAUAAGGCUUGUAAUCGUGGUGACGCAGACAUUUUAAAAAUAUUGUUAAGCAGGGGAGCAGAAUUUAACAAAUGUGACAAAGAUAACCAGUCACCUAUACUAAGAGCUUGUGAAUAUGGUCAUACAGCAGUAGUGAAGAUGUUGUUAGACAAAGGAGCAGACUAUAAUAAAUGUGACAAUAAUGAUAAGUCACCUUUCAUAAUCGCUUGUGAGCAUGGUCAUACAGCAAUAGUGGAGAAGUUUUUAGACAAAAGAGAAGACUAUAAUAAAUGUGACAAACGGGGUGAAUCACUUGUAAUGAAGGCUUGUGAUAAUAGUAGAACAGAAUUAUUGAAGAUAUUGUUAGACCGAGGAGCAGACUGUAAUAAAUGUGACAUUGAUGAUCAGUCUCCUCUUAUGAUUGCCUGUGAACAGUUUGAUACAGAAAUAAUUGAGAUGUUGUUAGACAGUGGUGCAGACUAUAAUAAAUGUAACAAAAGUGGACAGUCACCGGUAAUGAUAGCUUAUGAAUAUGGUUAUGAGGAAAUUAUCAAGAUGUUAUUGAAAAUAGACAAAGAAUUUAAUAAACGUGACAAAAGGGGUCGGUCACAUUUAAUGGUUGCUUGUGAAUAUGGUGACACAAAAAUAAUAAAGACGUUGUUAGACAGAGGAGCAGACUACAAUACGUGUGACUCUACCGGUUGGUCACCUGUAUUAAUGGCUUGUGAACAUGGUCAUACUAAAAUAGUUAAACUGUUGCAUGACAGAGGAGCAAACUAUAAUAUGUGUGACCAUUGGGGUCGGUCAUCUUUGAUGAUAGCUUGUGAAAAUGGUCAUAAAGCAAUAGUGAAGAUUUUGUUAGACAAUGGAGCAGAUUAUAAUAAAUGUGACAAGUGGGGUCAGACACCUUUAAUUAUGGCUUGUGAAAAUGGUCACACAAACAUAAUAAAAAUACUGUUAGAUAGAGGAGCGGACUUGAAUCAAAGUGACAUCAGAGGUCGAUCAUAUAUUAUGAUAGCAACUGAGCGUGGCCACACAGACUUAGUCAAGAUGUUGUUAAACAGAGGGGUAGACUGUAAUAAAUUUAACAGGAUAGGUCAAUCACUUGCAAUGAUUGCUUGUAAACAUGGCCAUGCAGAAAUAUUAAGUAUGUUCUUAGACAAAGGAGUAGAUUAUAAUAAAUCUGACUAUUAUACUCAGUCACCUUUGAUAAAAGCCUGUGAACUUGGACAUACAGAAAUAGUAGAGAUACUAUUAGCCAGGGGAGCAGAUUUGAAUCAAUGUGAUUGUAAUGGUCAGUCACCUACAAUGAAGGCUUGCGAAUACGGUCAAACAGAAAUAUUCAAGAUGCUUUUAGAGAGAGGGGCAGACUACAACAAAUGUGAUUGUAAUAGUACGUCACCUUUACUGAAGGCCUCUGAAUAUGGUCAUACAGAAAUAGUAAAAAUGUUACUAGAGAAAGGAGUACGGUAUAAUAAAUGUAAUAGGAGGGGCCACUCACCUGUAAUGAAGGCUUGUGUAAAGGGUCAUACAAAAAUAGUGAAUUUGUUGUUAGACAAAGAAGUAGACCUUGAUCAACAAGAUGAAAACGCACAGACACUUGUCAUGAAUGCUUGUAAGCAUGAUCAUACAGAAAUACUGAAGAUGUUGUUAGACAGAGGAGCAGACUAUACUAUUUGUGAUAAGUAUGACCAAUCGCCUGGAAUGAUUGCUUGCGAACAUGGUCAUGCAGAAAUAUUGAAGAUGUUGAUAGAGAGAGGAGCAGACUGUAAUAAAUGUGACAAGAUUGGUAGGUCACAAGUGAUGAAAGCUUGUGAAUAUGGUCAUACAGUGAUAGUAAAGAUGUUAAUAGAUCAAGGGGCAGACGUUAAUAUAAUUGAUUGUAUAGGAUGGUCACUUCUGAUGAUAGCGUCUGAAGAUAAUCAUACAGAAAUAGUUAAGAUGUUGUUAGACAUCGGAGCAGACUGUAAUACAUGUGACGAAUAUGACCAGACACCUGUAUCAAAGGCAUGCGUUCAUGGUCAUACAGAAAUAUUGGAGAUGUUGAUAGACAGAGGAUCAGACUUCAAAAAAUGUGAUAGGCGGGGUCAGUCACCUGUUAUGAAAGCUUGUGCAAAUGGGCAUACACAAGUAGUUAAAAUGUUGUUAGACAUAGGCAUAGACAUUAACAUGCAUGAUGACAAUGAUCAGACACUUGUAAUGGAAGCUUGUGAACAUGGUCAUACGGAAAUAGUAAUGAUGUUGUUAGACAAAGGAGUAGACUGUAAUAAAUGUAAUAGUUAUGAUCAGUCACCUAUAUUGAUGGCUUGUGAAUAUGGUCAUACAGAAAUAUUCAAGAUGUUGAUAGAGAGUGGAGCAGACUAUAGUAAAUGUGACAGUAUAGGUCGGUCACCUAUAAUGAUUUCUUGUGAACAUGGUCAUACUGAAAUAGUAGAGAUGUUGUUGGAUCGAGGGGCAGACUGCAGUAGACAUGAUUGUAUGGGUUGGACACCAGUCAUGAUGGCUUGUGAAGAGGGGCACGCAGAAAUAGUGAGAAUUUUGUUAGACAUCGGUGAAGACUGUAAUGAAUGUAAUGAAGAUGACCAGACACUGUUAGCAAAAGCAUGUGAAAAAGGUUUGACUGACAUAUUACAGUUGUUGUUAGACAGAGGAGCAGACUAUGAUCGAUACGAUAGCAUUGGUCGGACACCUUUAAUGAUUUCUUGUGAAUAUGGUCAUACUGAAAUAGUAGAGUUGUUGUUAGACGAGGGAGCAGACUGCAGUAUAAAUGAUUGUAUGGGUUGGACACCAGUAAUGAUGGCUAAAGAAAAGGGUCACACAGAAAUUGUGAGAAUGUUGUUAGACAGCGAAGACGACUGUAAUGAAUCUGAUGAGGAUGAAAAGAAUCAAAAUUGUUUCUGCUGUUGCGGAAUCAAAAGAUGUUGUUUUUAAGAUUUUCUUUACAUGUUCAAAUUUGGCUGAUAUAUUUACGUAUUGAAUUCUUAACACAAAAAUUUUGUAUAAAUAUUGUACUGUGGUAUAUUGACAGUGUACAGAUAUAUAUAUAUGAUAUUUUACUGACAUUUGAUAUAUGUAACUUUCCUACUGUAAUUUAUUUUAUUUAUGUACUGAAAUAUGCUAAAUGAACCUAACUUUUUUGCGAAUACUUUAUUUCAUUUUGAAUUAAGCUUUUCCUGACGACUUCGGGAUUUUUCAAAUUAACUUGAUGUAGUUAAGAAAAAGAUCAAAAUUUGACAUAUUUUCGACGAUUGACAUAUUUUCAUCUUUCUUAGAUAUGCUUUAUUAUUCUGAGAUGUAUAAAUUUGGGCUGGGAUAUGCCACUAGAAUACUAAGAUAUGUUUUAUGUCAAAGCCUUCCUGGGUAUGAUAACAGUGUAUAAUCAUAUACAAAAUGCUGAUUUCAUUGUUGUAAGAUUUAAAUCUUUAAAAAGAAUUAUGCCACUGUUUCUGAGAUUUUUUGCUGGCGUCAAUUAAGGCCACAGUAACUUACUGAUAUUUAAAUCCCGCAAAUCGAAAAGUAAGUUUAGUGUAAACAUACAUGAGCGUAAUGUUUUAAUUGAGACAUCUUAACGAAUUACAAUAUAGCAGAGUAUACAUGU